AUGCCCAUCGAGUUCGAUGAUGAUUCUACUCUUGCUGGUGGCUCUUCUGGUCUGAGACGCCAGAUCAAAAACCUCGAGCACAGCUUGGCUCACUACAAUCUCGAAGCUCGUGGCAUCCAUCGCGUCAUGCCCACUGAACGCCAUAGUUUGAGAAACUUGGGUUACUCUCAGGUCGGCCUGCUGUGGUUCAGUGUCAACCUUGCUGCCAACAAUAUUACUCUUGGAAUGCUCGGUCCGGCUGUUUACUACCUCUCUUUUCUGGACUGCUCCCUGUGCGCCGUUUUUGGCAUGCUUGUUGGAUGUCUGCCGGUCGCCUACAUUGCUACCUUUGGACCUGUAAGCGGCAACAGGAGCAUGGUCUUUGCUCGCUACACCAUGGGCUGGUAUCCCGCCAAGUUGGUUGUCAUCCUCAACAUCAUUGUUUUGCUUGGAUAUUGUUUACUGGAUGCUGUGAUCGCUGGCCAGAUUCUCUCUGCUGUCUCACCGCAUGGUAGUCUCUCGGUUAUCGUUGGCAUUGUGAUUGUCGCUGUCCUCACCUGGGUCAUUACCAUCUUUGGAUACAGCGUUUUCCACUUGUACGAGCGUUACGCGUGGCUACCUCAACUCAUCGUUCUGUCUCUGCUCGCUGGUGUCGCUGGACCAAAAUUCGAUCUCGAGACACCCUCAAGUGGUGACCGCUUGACCAUCAUUGGCAACCGCUUGUCCUUCUUCAGUCUGUGUCUCUCUGCUGCCAUCACCUACGCAGGUGGAGCAGCUGAUUUCUUCGUCUAUUAUCCCGAAGAGACUCCUCGCUGGAAGAUCUUCUCUGUCACAAUGUGCGGGUUAGCUUUGUCAUUCACCUUUGCGUUCAUGGUCGGUAUCGGACUGGGCUCUGGCAUCACUGCUAAUGUUUCUUGGGGCGAUGCGUACAAGGUCUCGCAAGGCGCUCUCAUCGUCGAAGGCUUUGCUCCCCUAGGAAGCUUCGGCAAAUUCUGCGGCGUGAUCGUAGCACUUGGUCUGAUUGCCAAUAUGAUCGCUCCUACCUACAGUGCCGGGAUGGACUUCCAGGUCCUUGGUCAGUGGAUGACUAUUGUGCCUCGAAUUGUCUGGAACACACUCGGUGUCGUCAUCUACACAGUAUGCGCUAUCGCUGGUCGUGGAAAUCUUGCAGUCAUCUUCACCAAUUUCCUCGCGCUUAUGGGAUACUGGGUCUCGAUAUGGAUCGCCAUCAGUCUUGAGGAGCAUUUCAUCUUCCGUAAUUGGAGAGGUCUCGGCUUCAAUUGGAACUCUUGGAACGACAAGAGCAAGCUGCCAAUUGGUAUCGCUGCUAUCGUUGCCUUCCUUGUUGGUUGGGCCGGAGCAAUACUCUGUAUGGCUCAGGUCUGGUAUAUUGGGCCUCUUGCCCAACAGGUCGGAGAAUACGGUGCCGACAUGGGUAAUUAUGUUGGGUUCGCCUGGGCAGCUCUGGUAUACCCUCCUCUCAGACUGCUCGAGCUGAAGAAAUUUGGUCGUUGA